CCCGGCGGCGGCCGGGGCAGCCAGUGCGGGGAGCAGCCCUCCGACGCCUUCCAGGUGCUGAGCCUGCUGCUGCUGCUGCUCACGUGCGCGCUGCCCUUGGGCGUCAGCCUGGUCUGCUACUGCCUCAUCUCGCGCCGCCUGCGCCGCCCGCCGCACCCGGGCCGGGCCCGGAGGAACUCGCUGCGCAUCAUCUUCGCCGUCGAGGGCGCCUUCGUGGGCUCCUGGCUGCCCUUCGGCGUCCUGCGGGCCGUCUUCCACCUGGCGCGCCUGGGGGCGCUGCCGCUGCCCUGCGGCCUGCUGCUGGCGCUGCGCUGGGGCCUCGGCAUCGCCACCUGCCUGGCCUUCGUCAACAGCUGCGCCAACCCGCUCAUCUACCUGCUGCUGGACCGCUCGUUCCGCGCCCGCGCCUGGCGCGGGGUCUGCGGGCGCGCCGACCGCCCGGCGCGCAGAGACAGCUCGGCGUCCUCGCUCUCCAGGGACGACAGCUCCGUGUUCCGGAGCCCGGCCGGCAGCUGGGAGCGAGCCCGGACGGCGAACGCUGGCCGGGCCCUGCUGUAG